AUGAAAACAAGUAGAAGACUAGGAGCGGGAAAACCACGAAGAGGGCGUACUUCCAAAUCUUCCAAACCAAAACCAACAUCACCAACACCUCGCGAUCACAAUCUACCGCAUCAUUCGAGGAGUAUUUUUGCUCGAGAUAAUAAACUAUCGUCGUUAUUCUCUUCUCAAAGUGAAAGCACGCCUGAUCCAACUACUCGGAGAUCCAAUCAACUUCCAUAUGCGGACGAAGAUGAAGUCUUUUUUGAACGAGACAGUUCCCCACCUCUUGACAUUAGAAGGAAAAGAAGGCUGAUAACACCGCCAAGUCAGUUUCAAAAUGAGUUAGCGUACGAUCUGAGAAAGCAGUCAGAUAGCCUUUAUAAUGACAUGUUUUAUCUUCUGAAACCGAAAAGCUCUACAAAAUCAAGAAAGCAGCUGACAAGAAAUUCACACAAAACAUCUCAAGAGAGAUUAAAGAGUCAGCUACAAUCUCCGCUAAAGGGCCACAACGAGAUACUACCAAGGAAUGAUGUACAAAAGCUGAACAGCCAGGGUACCAGAAGAUUGUCUUAUAACAGUCGAGGGAGAAGAGUAAGCUCGAUGGGCAAUGGCUUCGAAGGAGAACCGCAUCAGGACGUUCCAGUUUCAGAAUACUACAAGCACCUUGACAAAUCAAUUCCGGAAUCUGAUCGAAUGCGGCAACUCUUGAUUUGGAAUUUAAAAGCCGAACUAGACAAAGAAGAGAAUGAUUUGAGAAAUAAACUGGACCAAGUCUCAACCGAGAAUCACACAAUCAACAAUAUUGCCAAAACUAUCAAUGACGAAUUAAUUCAGCUGUUGAAGGAUUAUUCGAUAUCCACGGACUGGAAAGAAGGUGACCUGCGCAAAACUGAUUCAGUUCUUUUACCCAAUCCGAAGAACAAGGAGAAUUUGAGGAACAUUAGAAAGUACAGUACGGAAUUGACAGCAUUAAAGCGAGAAAAGCAGGAGUGGGAGCUGGCGUAUUUGCGAUUGACAUCUCUAAUAGACACCAUGGCUAAGGAAACAGAAGGUUUUGCAAAGGAUUUUGAAAAAGUGUACAGCCCAAGUGAAGCUAGUGUGGAUCCUACUUUUGUCAAUAUGGAGCAAAAUUACCUUGACGUACGUGAAAACUUGAAAAGAGUGGCUGCAGAUGUUGAGCUGCUAAGUUUCGCGGCCCAAAGAAUGGGUCAUCUAGCCGAAAUGAUGAACAAUGAAGGUAAAGAGGAGUUGCGUCAGGACAUUUCAAACUUAUUGAAAAAAUCGUUACCAAAAUCCUCACCACAGCCAUCGCAAAAGCCGUCAGAAGCAAAAGACAUUUUACGAGCCAUAUGCCUUUGCGCAAAUGCAAAAUAA